UAAUUCAAUUUAAAUUUUUUUAAAUCUUAAAAAAAAUUACCAAAAUUAUUAAUACAACUUAUAACAAUGCUUGUAUAUCUACAAUUUCGUAUAACGGAAAUAAACAGAGAGUACUGAGAAUAAUUUUAUAAAUUUUGAAAGAUCCUUCAAAGAUUUGACAAAAGUGUUAUUAUGGUGUUAUAGUAAAAAAAUGAACGAUAAGCAUUCAGCAAUUCCAAAAAAUAUAUUGAAAAAUCAUAUUACUACUUUUCAGUCUGUUCAAAUACCAAAACCAGAUAAUUAUUUAACAUGUGAUUUAAGUGAAGGUGAUGGAGAAGUUCAUAGAAUUCACGCGUUUAAUAAGUUUCUCUUUCCUACCAAAGAACCUCGAUUGGCGCAAUGGGAAUAUUUAGAUGAAAAAAGUGUCGAAGAAAUUUUAAAAAUCGAAAAUAAAUUGGACCUUACAGAAUAUAUUGAAAGAACUUUAUAUAAAAUUCCCGCACCGAGUGCCAGUAAUAUUAUAAUUGAAUUGAUAUGUGAUGUUAUUAAAUUUUGCAAAGAUAACCAUUUUAAUUUGGAAAAAAGUGGUUGUUUAUUAUCACAGUUCUAUUUAUCCCAUUUAUACUUUAUCAGUAGUAUUGACAUUACUCCUGAGAAGGUUUAUAUGUAUUUUAAAGACCUUAUGAUGUGCCAUAGUCUACCUUUUCCUCCAACAAGUAAAAAGAUAUUUACCAUUAAAGAGUCACACGAAAUAUUAGAUUUCUUUUGUAAGAUUUACUUAAGGAAUUUACCAAUCCUGAGAUAUGUUUCUCAUCCAAACUAUGCUUUAUAUUUAAAUUAUGAAGUACCCAUUACAAUUUUAAGCAGCAGUAGCAAGAAGAGCAAGAAAGAAAAGGUAGAGCAUAAAGAAACAAAGAAUAAGAAAGAAAAGAAAAACAAAAAAGAAAAGAAAAAUAAUAAAAAGAAGUAAUCUAGAUUCAAUUUAAAACCUGUAAUUAAAUAACACUAUCUACAAUAAAUUUAUUCUCCUUUUUGUAA